AUGGGUGGCGGUGUGCUUGUGUCCUCCUUCAUCCCUCUCUCCUCCUUCUCCUCCUCCUCCUUCUCCUCCUCCUUCUCCUCCUUCUCCUCCUUCUUCUCUUCUUUCUCCUCCUCCUUCUCUUCUUUCUCCUCCUCCUUCUCCUCCUUCUCCUCCUUCUCCUCCUCCUUCUCUUCUUUCUCCUUCUCCUCCUUCUCCUCCUCCUCCUUCUCCUCCUUCUCCUCCUUCUCCUCCUCCUCCUCCUCCUUCUCCUCCUUCUCCUCCUUCUCUUCUUUCUCCUCCUCCUUCUCCUCCUCCUCCUUCUCCUUCUCCUCCUUCACAGCAGUCCAGCAGCUGCCUCCCAAACUCAGGUGUAGUGAGACCCAACAUGUGGAGAGUCAGAAGUGUUGCCACAUGUGUAUCACAGCCAAAGCAGCCUCCGGCAUCAAAGGCCUGUUCCACAGAAACCCAAAGCAGUCUUCCCUGGACAGCACUGCUGCUGCGCAGCAGAGUCGUAAACACCCGUUCGGCGCCCACCUGCUGCGCCGCACCGCCAGUGCCCCCACCAAAGGCCAGCCCAAGACCAAGAAGGGCUUCUCCGAGCUGGCCCUAGACAACAAGGACUACAGCUCCGAGGGGGCCAGUGAUGACCGGGAGUCUGCCCCUCAGCCUACACUUCCACAGCAGCACAACAGAGACUCCGCCCCUCAAGCCAAGGACCCCUGGGACCAUCCUGGCACCAACGGUGCUCUGCACCCAGACCAGAGCAAAGGUAAGGGCUCGCUGCACACGGCUCAGAGCGAGCCUCUGAAGCGCCGCCCACUGGACAUGAAGCCAGGGGUGUUUGCUCGUGUGGCUCUGAACAGCUCAGGCCGAGUGGGCAUGUCCUCCAACUGCAUCACAUGUGUCAUCGGCCCCAAAGAGGGUCCAGAGAGUCCAGAGAGUCCAGAGAGUCCAGAGAGUCCAGAGAGUCCAGAGAGUCCACAGGCCAAGCGCAGGGCAGGGGCCACAGAGGAGGCCAGUGCAGGGACACAGCAGCUCCAGAGCUCUCCUCUCGCUGCCCACGGCCCUCUCCACGGCCCUCUCCAAGGCCGUACUCCUAAAGACAGACAAACUCUGGGCCCUCAGCACCUGCGGCCUCAGACCAGUGGCGCACAGAGGAUCACCUGGUCCUGCAGCGUGCCGCGCAGGUGUUUCCCCAACAGUGUGGGUCCAGCCCCGGGCCUCACAGUGGGGAGGCCAGACCUCCGCUGGCCCAUGAUUCCUGCACACUUCAGCUCUCAGUUCUCAGAGCCCUGUGUGGGAGACCUGCUCCUCACUGACAGCAGCAGCUGUGAUAGCUUGGGCAGUCUGAGCAGUCUGGACACCCCCCACGUCCCCCCCACCCAGAGGAGAGCUGUGGGGACGCUGCAGCGCGAGAUGAACGCUCUGUUCACACUGAAGCUGCAGGAGUUACGCCACAAAUCCCCCUUGUUCUUUACGGAGGAUGAUCCAGAGCCAGAUGACUGCACUGUCCGGAGAACGGCUCAACCCUCUCUACCCCAAGAACCGGACAUCCUGGAGGCCGACCGAUGCCCGACCGUCACAAGUCCCCUCGUCCAGCCCCCGCCACCGGCCCACACCGAACCCCCACCGGCGGAACAAACGGCUCCACGACAGAGGAGGCCCCAGCAACACGUCCCUUUGAGGCCCGCCGUGCGGAGGACCAAGAGCGAAGGCCAGGUCCAGUCUGUGGUUCCGCAGCUUUGCACCGACGCCACCACCUGUGACCGUCUGUGGAGCCAUUUGGAGCCGCCCAACCGGGACAGCGUGUCGUCCUCCUCCAGCCUGUCCUCCAGCGACACGGUCAUCGACAUGUCCAUGAGCAGCCUGUCCCGCCACAGUCUCCCGUGGCCCGCUCGACCCCCGCUCAUCUCCAGCUCUCCUGCCAGGUCGGACUUUGACCAGAGGUUUAGAUCCGGCUCUGCACACAUUGGAAAGUCGAGCCUCGACCACAACUCUGUCUACCUUGCCAAGUCUAGUCCCGAUCUGGACAAGAACCUUUACCCACGUACUAAGUCUUCUGCACAUGUGACCAAAUCCAGCCUCGACCAGAACCUUGUCUCUCUCACGUCCAGUUGCACCAAAUCCAACCCCAACCUCGGCCAAAGCUAUGUGUGCAGCUCAUCUGCACUUCCAAAGUCCCACCUCGACCAGAACCUUGUCUCCCUCACGUCCAGUUGCACCAAAUCUAGCCCUGACCUCGACCAGAGUCUCACCUCCCUCGCGUCCACCCCCAGCCUCCAUCCACCGGACUGCAGGUCGUCUCCGCGGCGCCACACGUGGAGCCGUCUCUUCAUGGAGGCGCUGCUGCAGUCGUCCGCCGGUCCCUCGCUGGCGUCCUCCGCAGACUCCGUGUCCAAGAGUCUGGGAGACCUGACGUCGGACGACAUCUCCCCGCGCUUCCAGAGCAGGUACCGCGGCAUCAGCAGAAGCUUCGUGACCCGUCCGACCAGAGAACGCCAGGCUCCGGUGGAUACGCUGGCUGCUCGGAUACGAAGACUCACAGACGUGGAGCAGGAGGAGGAUGUGGACAGGGAGGAACGAGAGAGUAGGGUGGAAAGAGAGGCAGAAGAGAGGGAGGAGAACGUGGACGAAGGACUGGUUCGCCGUACGUCUUCCCGGAGUCAGAGUCGCGUCCGCUACAUCGCCAACAGAGCGAAGAAGGCCCAGGAGAGGCAGCGGCUUCUUGACCUCCAGAGGCUCCAUGGGCUCCCGCUGCGAUGGGGGGGCACGUUUGGGGCCCCCAUAGAAGAGCGCGGGAACCCGGAGGGGGCCUGCUGCAGUAACUUCAUCACAUCCAGGCCCCAACUCAGACCACUCAGAGCCCAGACCCUUCAGAGCCUGGACCCUUCAGAGCCUGGACCCUUCAGAGCCUGGACCCUUCAGAGCCUGGACCCUUCAGAGCCUGGACCCUUCAGAGCCUGGACCCUUCAGAGCCCGGACCCUUCAGAGCCUGGACCCUUCAGAGCCUGGACCCUUCAGAGCCCGGACCCUUCAGAGCCUGGACCCUUCAGAGCCUGGACCCUUCAGAGCCCGGACCCUUCAGAGCCUGGACCCUUCAGAGCCUGGACCCUUCAGAGCCUGGACCCUUCAGAGCCUGGACCCUUCAGAGCCUGGACCCUUCAGAGCCUGGACCCUUCAGAGCCUGGACCCUUCAGAGCCUGGACCUUUCAGAGCCCGGACCCUUCAGAGCCCGGACCCUUCAGAGCCCAGACCCUUCAGAGCCCGGACCUUUCAGAGCCCAUACCCUUCAGAGCCCGGACCUUUCAGAGCCCGGACCUUUCAGAGCCUGGACCUUUCAGAGCCUGGACCUUUCAGAGCCUGGACCUUUCAGACCCUUCAGAGUCCCUCAGCUCUGAGUUCCUAAACCCUCUGGAGACCUCUGCCAAAGUCCAGAUCCAUCUUGUCGUGUAA